AUGGCUUCAAAAAAACAUUCUGGAGCAUGGUUUGAAAAAGAAAGAAAUAAGAAAAAAAAACAAAAUGAAAAAUUGGCAACAAAUAUGGCACAUUGGUUAACUCAAAAAGUUAACAAUGAAAAUCAUGAAAAGGAUGUUGCUUGUGCAGCACUCGUUGAACCAUUAGGUCAAAAACGAAAAUCUUAUGAUUUGAAACUUGAAACAGUUGAAACACCAUUGGAAACAACAGGUUCAUCUGACAAAGUAGGCGAUGAUAAUUGUGGAAUUUUUCUCGGCUUAAUCGAAUUAAUAAGUCAUUAUGAUCCUUUACUAGCCGAACAUGUAAAUAAUGUCAAAGAUAGUUACAGUAAAAAUAAAGUUCUCAGUUAUUUUUCACCUAUUGUUCAAAAUGAACUAAUUACAUUUAUGGGCCAACAAGAGCAGUUAACUGAAAUAAUACGAUAUGUAAAAAUUGUUGACGGAGAAGUAACUAUUGAGGAAUCGUUUGUUGACUUUGUCAUAAGCCACGAUAAAACUGGAGCAGGACUAGCUGAUGAAAUAUUGAGUAAAUUGAAAGAAGAUGGUUUAAACAUCCAAGAUUGCAGAGGACAAGGAUUUGAUAAUGGAGCCAACAUGGCUGGAAUUUAUAAUGGAGUUCAGGCCCAUAUUAUUUCAAAAAAUGCUUUGGCUAUAUUUGUUCCAUGUGCUGCUCACAGCUUGAACUUAAUUGGCGUACAUGCGGCACAAACUUCUUCAACUAUUAUUACGUUCUUCGGUGUUAUCCAAAAACUAUUCACAUAUUUUUCUGGGUCAACAUCAAGAUGGGAAAAAAUGAAAAGUGUGCUCAAAAUAACAUUAAAACCUCACUGUGAUACGCGUUGGUCUACUAAAAAGCAAGCCAUAAGCGUACUUAAAAAUAACAUAAAAGGUGUUCAUGAAAUAUUGAAAAAUUUGUCUGAAGAUUCUAAACUUAAUAAUGAUACAAAACAAGUUUUAAAUCAGAUAGACUACGUCAAUAUUGCAUUGCAAACUAAAAAUCAGACUAUAGAUGUAGCUGAUAAAAUGUUGAAUGGUUUAAUAAAAUCAAUUCAAGAAAUAAGGGAAGAAGGUUUUCAAAAAUGUUUGAAGCUUAAAAUUAAACCUGUAAGUGUUGAACCAACAGAGAGAGAAAAUAAAAGUUAUGAAUCAACAGAAAGUGAAUUUAGAGCUCAAUGUUUUGAAGCAUUAGAUUCUAUACUUUCUAGUUUAUGUUGGAGGUUUGAAAAAAUGUCACAAAUAGCAUGUGAUUUUAGUUUCUUGUCAGGUAACUCAUUAUCAACUAUGGAGUCUGAAAACAUAAAACUUUGGGUUAAUGACUUAGCAUUAAAAUACGAUCGGGAUCUGAAUGCUACAGAGUUAUACUCUGAAAUUGAAAGCUUUAAAUAUCAGGGUCCAUUAUUAAUGACCUCAUUUGAGAAGGCUACCCACCUAGAUAUUUUAAAACAUAUUCAUAAGUACUCUUUCCAAGACUUAUAUCCUAAUUUAGAAGUAGCAUUAAGAAUAUUUUUAACAAUUCCUGUGACAACAGCUUCAUGCGAAAGGAGCUUUAGCAAAUUAAAAAUCAUAAAAAAUUAUCUAAGAUCUACAAUGAGUCAAAGUCGUCUCACUAGCAUGGCAAUUUUAUCAAUUGAGAAAGACAUCGUAAAAACAAUUUCUUUUAAUGAUACUAUUGAUAAAUUCGCUUCACAAAAAGCAAGAAAAGUGUCUUUUUAA